UACCUCCUCCUCUCACCCCGCCCCCACAACCCUCAACCCCCCCCCCCCGUAUGUCGCACCUCUUCCUUCUGCUCCUCCUCCCCGCAAUCCGGCUUCUGUUUCCGGAAUGAGCGGAGAGAGCCCCCCUCCCAAACUGCCUGCUUCUCCCGGACGUGGAGCUUCUGCGUCGGAUUGCUGUUCUGCGCCGUAGCUCGGGGGGGGGGGCGCUUUCGGAAAGGGGAGGAGGGGCGGCAGGACCCCCCCCCCCGUGGAUGUUGCGGGAAAGGAAAGGAGAAUCGGGAGCGAGGACAAAGAGGUAAAGGGGUCGCGGAGGAGGGGAAAGGGGAGACGGGAGAAAAGGAUUCAGAGACCCCCGCCAGCUCCCCAAAGCGCCUUCCGUGGGGUCUGGAUCCCUGCGCGCGUGCUGCGAAGGGGGCUUUCCUUGGCCCCUUGGGUGCCUUGGCAGGAGCGGACAUGUGGUGCCCACCCAGGGGGUCCCACGAGCACCCAUCGCCCCGUUUCCCCCGCGCAGGCAUCCCUGGGGCGCUGUGGGUUCCGCGCGGAGAGAGGUGGGCCAUGAAAGGGUUAAUGGGAGUGAGGGACGCCUGGAUAGAGACCCCCCGUCCCUCCCCUGCUCGUCUUGGGGGGGCCUUCUGGACGGAGAAAUGGGGGUGGCAGGGCGAGGGGUGAGCCGCGCCAAGGGGUGCGGGGCCUCUGGGUGCAGGGGAGACUCUGGGACAGAGGGAGGGAAUCGAUGAAGUGGGGAGGGGGAGCAUCCCUGGGGCAGGGAAGUGCAGCAUUGGGGGAGGGAGAGAUAGGAAACCAGUCUUUGGGGAGACUUCUCCAUGGUGGCGCCCGCUGGGGAUCUCCGGAGGGGCCGCCUUGGCUUCUCCCUCCCACCCAAGAAUUGGCCAUCCCUUCAAGGUGACCAGAGGGAUCCCUGGAAACUGGGGGGUCCAGUCCCCCCACCCCUUCCUGCAAGCUCCAUCCUCUUCCCACCCCAUGAGCCCCUAUAAGCCCCUGCCCUGUCCAGAUGCAGUGAUUCUGCCCAGUCCAGCCAUUGGUCGCCCUGGAGAGGAGAGGAAAUCCCAAGAGGAAGGGAGGAGGGGAGAGGCCUUCUCAGAAGCGGCUCUUUAUUUCCGCAAUCCCACCCAGGAAGCAGCCAGAAACCUUUUCUUCUCUCUCAGGCUUCCAUCUUUAUUAUCUUUUCCACUGUGUAUGAGGAUAAUGUACACCUGUCAUCAGAAACAGGGGUGCAGAGUCCAUGGAAUGGCUCUCAGGAUUGAUAUAGAAGUUGCACCUCAAAAGCAUUUCUGUUCCUCUUAUUCUUUGAAGGCAGUGUGACUGACAAGCUGAGAUACAAUCCUUCAGCAUCUGAUGACAGCGACUGCAUGAAUCUUCCCAAAGGACCCAUUUUCUUGAUAGACAGUGCCUGUGGCUGGAGGCUCUACACACAGGGUUUGCCUAUACAGGCCAAAGACUGCCAGUAUUAG